AGUCCUUUAUCACCAAUUCGCACUGCGGCAGUCUGGCAACGCCCGUUGGCCAGCAUGAAAAUGCGCAACUCGGUUUCUAUUUCUAUCUUUCGCAUUUUCAACGUCAUUGUGAUCGGUUGUUGGGUCGCGGAUGCCUAAACGUCGAUAGCUGAAUGCUAAACUGAAUGGAGCACGGUUCGUGUUGAAAUAAAUAAAUAAUUGAUAAAAAGCACCCGAAAAUGUAAACAGAAGGCGCACGUUCGAAGCACAAACAACAAAAUUAAAAACGAAAAAUAAGCGAUAUCGAGGGAGUGUACAUAUAUUAAAGUGAUUUAAAUGUAAACCAUAACAAUAAACAACAAGCUCGAGAAAAUCUGCAAACUUGAAGCGCGACAAACUUGAGAACGACAGCAGCAACCGAAAACGCUUAGCAACAAUGUUGCACAAUAAUCGCGACACUGCAGAGCCAAAAACAACAACAGCUACAGCAACAACAGAAGGCAAUGGAACGGAGCCAACAAUUGCAACGCACCUCGCAGCAACAACAUCUGCUGCGGCAGCAGAAGAGACAUCAGCUGGUGUAAAGGAAAUAAAUGCAACAGCUGAGGGUCAACCGCCGCCGCCGCCGCCGACAACAACAGCUGUGGCAGAGCGAACGGAAUUGGCAGAAACAGCUGAUGCGGCUGCUGCGUCGAAUAACGAUACCGCUGCUACUGCUGCCGCAGCAGAAUCGGUGGGGACCGCAUUCGAUGCCCAGAUGCGAACGCAGCAACGACAGAAGAUCAAGAUAUACCACGAUGCCAAGCAGACGGCGGUAUGGCGCACCGAUUCGCUGGCCUCCAAUCCCAGCUCGACCAUGUGCCCGGAUUUCGUGAAUUCUAGAGCAGGAGCGGAAGGCACAGGAGGCACUGCUGCACCCAUGGGCCUUCCCAUGAGGGGCAUCAUCCUAUCGACGGCACCCAGUCUCCUGCAGCGAAAAUCCUCGGAAAGCUCGCUCACCUCGUCCAUCGCCCGUCGCGUCUCGUUUCCGGAUAACGAACUGGUCACCGGUUACCUGGAGCCGGCCAAUCCAUGGAAGCAAGUAUGCCUCGUGAAGAGCAUUUCCGAGAUUGUUGACCAGUAUGUGCAGUCGUGUAAAAAGCAUAACAGAGAGCCAUUGAAGAGUGUAAUGGAUCACCUAAAGAAUCUGGAUCUGAACCAGGUGCGGCAGCCUCUACUCCCCCUAAAGGCGAAUCAACUAGUCGCCAACGAUUGCGAGGCCCUCGAGGAAAUUUUCAAAAGGAUACAAUACAAAUGCAUCGAUCUGUCCGACUGUACGCUAGACGAGAGCUGCUUGAUGGCCCUCUUCCAGAUGAUCGAAUACUACGAAGCUGCUAACGAGCUGGACAUAUCAUACAACAAGGAGCAGAUGACGAAGCGAUGCUGGGAGCUGUGUGCUUACAUGGUGGAACGGAGCCAAGAGCUGCAGCUGCUCAAUGCCGAGAGUAAUCAGAUCACAAAGUUGGGCGCCGACAGUCUCGGUAGGGCACUGGGCUCGUCCAAUCUGCACACACUGAAGCUAGAGCACUGCGGCCUCAGGGGACAACCCCUCGUCCAUCUCUGCCGAGGUCUUUACCAAAACAAAAUGCUCAAGGAGCUGUGGGUGGGCUUCAACGACCUGGACUGUGUGGAUGCCCAGCACAUAGCCGAUAUGUUGCGCUACAACCACAGCUUGGAGCUCAUCGACAUUAGCAACAAUAAUAUAAGAAACGAGGGCGUCAUGUACUUGGUGCAGGCCCUCAUCCUUCAGUCUACCGAGCUGGAGCGGCGAAUGGGAGCCUUGAAGCGCACCCGUGCCAUUGAGGUGGACGAGUGCGUGUCGCCGGUGGAGACUGAGCAACCGGCAGUCAUCCCUCAGUCCGCCAACUCGGUCAUCGGCCAAGCGAAAGAUAUUGUCGACGGUGAGUCAUCUUCGCACGUAAGCUCGAUUCCCGAGACUCCUGCGGAGGAGGCAGCAUCAACCGAUCCAGCGGUUGGUGUCCUUGUUGACCUAGACAAUGAUAAUGACGACGAGAACACCGAGGACACUGUUCGCACCGUGAGAAACUGCAGCCAAAACGGCAGCGGACAGUCAAUGCUGGACAAGCUGCUCUCCAUGAACAGCGACAGCAGCAGCGAGGAGGCGCCCUCAAACAUAUCCACCGACACUCUGGCCGCCUGCUGCUCCGAGGACAUCAGCGAGAUCAGCAACGAGAUUUAUGAACCCACCGCAGCUAAGCAGGUGCCACUAGGAGAUAAAGAAGCCUGUUCGGCUAUGAUCUCAUCCAGCCCGAUGGAAUUCGAAUCGGUCGCUGUUGCAGCUGCGACCGAGGAGCCGCUGUCUCCGUCGCAACAGCAACAACAGCAAUGUUCCCAAAACGAACGCAACUUAUGUGAUAUUACUCCCUCAACAGAGGCUAAACCCGUUGAACCCAAUGAAUCCUGUGUACAGAACAACAUCAUCAACAACAACAACAAUAACAAUGCUAACAAUUCCCACAACAACAAUAAUACAAUCCAAUUGCCACUAGGAGGAGCAGGAGCAACAGCCACCUUAGCAGUGGUUGCGCCGCCACUGGAUAUCGGCAGCAGUCCAAGCGGUUCCUCGCCAGCGGCGAUUUUUGAAGUCACCGCCGAGGAGAGCGACUGCAUCAAUGGCAGUGGAGCGGCGGCUGGUGGAUCGCGGCCGCUGGACGUCAAUAAAAACGCAAAGGUGGCCGACGACUACGAGGACACGCACAGCACGGACUCGGCAUUCGAGAGCGCCUCCGAAGGCGACAUAAGUCGUCAUCUGCCCGACGAGUUUAGCCGGCUUUCGGUGUCACUGGAGAGCACGCGGCUGGAUGACAUGGCCAAGGAGAUGAGUGGCAUUGAGACCGCCACUAUAGCCACAGAAUCCACCGAGUGUCUGCUGGCCGCACAGGAGGCUGCGACGCCCACUCCUACGCCCGCGCUCGAUGCCUUGCCGCCGCCCAAAGUAACCAUCUCCGAGGAGUGCCUGCUGGCGGAUAAAGAACUGAGCCCCAGUCCUUUCUCCUCGCCCAGUCCGGCGCCCACGCCCCCACCGCCGUCCACCUCUCCGGGGGGCGCAAGCAUUGGCCUGCGACGUACAGAGUCCAGCUGUGCGUACCUCAAUCAAUCCACCCGCAACCGUUCCCAGAGCUCCGACAGCCUGUGCAGCGAGACAUCGCUGGACGGGAUGAGCAGCAGCGGGGCUAGCAACAACAGUGUCAGCUCAAACGCCUCCGCCGCCGAUCCCAAGUUCGCCGAGAAGCUGACCAAGAACGACACACUUUCGCGUCGCCAGCUGGCCGAGGCCACGCUGGAGGCCAAUCGAUCGCCCAGCGGGCUGAAGGCUCUCACCCUAUGGAACAAUAACCUGACCAAGGACUGCGCCACAGCUGUGGCUGAGCUGCUGCAAAAGACCAUUUCGCUGGAACUGCUCAACAUUGGCAAGAAUUGUCUCUCCAACGAGUUUAUCUCAACCAUUAAGGAUAGUCUGACGAAGAACACAACACUGACUACACUGGGGCUUCAGAGUGCCCAUCUGAGCGCCAAGGGGAUCGAGACGCUGGCCUCCAUCCUCACCUUUGGUGGCAACAGCAAGCUCCAGCGCAUCGACAUCCGAGACAAUAAACUAGAGGUGGAAAGUCUGAAUAUAAUCGCCGAGGUGCUCAAGUCCAAUAAAACGCUCACGCAGAUCGACAUCAACGAUGAGCCCAAGCGCCUGACGUUGCCCAUAGUGCCGAUAGUAAAUGUUAUACCGCCAUCGCCAUUGCCCCAGGAGAGCAUCGGCAGCGAUGCCCACUUGGACUACACAAGGGUGCUGGGCACUGUUCGCUCCCUGUGCUCCCGAAAUGAGAAGCGGCAGGCUCAGGAGCUGGCGGAGAAGGCGGCGAAUGUGGUCGGCGGCGGCAGCAGUGUUGGCGGCAGUCUUCCGGGCAUUCGGUGUCGCGGCGGUUACUACUUGGGCUCGCGGAAGAUCUCGUUGACCUGCCACAGUCGGCCAUUUGUGGACGCUGCCACUGGCACGGUGAGUGCAACGUCGACCGCGACCGCUGCAGCAACCGCCCUGCCCACACCUGCUGCCCUGCUGGAGGUGAAGCGGAAGAGUGGACCGCGUCUCCGCUCGCCGGGCCCCAGUCCGCCCACCAUAUCGCCGUCGUCCUCGCCGAACCGCAGCCGCUUUCACGUCUCCCGCGUGGCCGAAGUGGCCAGUCCACUGAUCUCGCCGCUGGCCCAGCAUCCACCGCCGCACACGCCGCGCUCGGCCAGCAGCUGCAUGUCCAUACCCACCAUCGGCUCGCCCAGCGGCAGCCAGAGCAGCCUCAAUGCAGUUGGAGCCCUGCCCACCUCCAGUUCUCUGCCCGCCAUGGCAUCUGUUACCUCCUCGACGCAGACGAUCAAGCGGCUGUCGGUAUCGCCCAGGUCUCGCUUUCAUGUAUCCCGCAUCUACGAGGAUCCCCAGGUGCCGAUGGCCAAUCGAAAGAUGCCGCCGAUUACGCCGCAUACGCCGCCAAUCGACCUGCCACCCACUCCCAUGCUGAAAUCGGCCAGGAAGGCAGUGCUGCUGUCCGAGGCAGUGGAGGCAGCAGCUGCUGCGGUGCCAGUAAGCAGUAUGGUUAUAGUGGAGGCCAGCGAUGAUGCCGACGCACAUAAGAGUACAAAACUCGAAGAGGCCGCCGGGCAAAAGCUUUCGCCGCACUUGACCAUAUCACCCACCUCAAGUCAUUCGAGCUCAACUUCGCCCGGCAGCAGCAGCACCAGCAGCGGGAGCAGUAGCAAUAGCAAUGGAAGCACCUCAACAUCCACAGAUGCUACAGACUCUGUGGCCUCCUGCCCAGAAGCGCCACCCAGGUCCUGUCCCCUGGCCGUUUUUGGCGAUAACGACAUUACGUUGACCAAGGAAUCGGCCGGUGUGGUCGCUCUCUCUGCUGCUGCUGCUGCGGCGAGCAGCAUGAAUCCAGUUUUGGAAUCCGAACAAGAACUCGUGCCGCCUGCCGAGCCCGUCAGCAGCGUUCCACAGAACCGUGCCCGGAAAACUUCUUGGAUAGCCAAUCCAUCGGCGGUGGACAAGCUGCUCACAUUGUUUAACACGGGCACCAUUUUCAAUCGAAGCUCAUCGCCGGAACCCAAGGCCAGUCAAAUAAGCAGCGUGCCCGUUAGCAACCCGAUCACAAACAGCGCACAGAACACCACAGCAGCAAGCGCCGUAGGAGGAGCAAGCGGAGGCGAGUCCAGUAGCACCACACCUAAUCCUAUUCUAUCGGUUGCGCGAAAAUCUUCGCCCGCAUCGUGGACCUCGCUGACCGGCAGCAACAUCUCCAACGCCAGCCAAAAUGCGUCCUCCCACACGGACACGGGCAGUUCAUCCUUUCUCGACACAGCCUCCAGACAGUUGCGGGACUUCAGCAAGCAAGUCUUUCGCCAGAACAUCUCCUUCAACAACAGCGGUGAACAGGCGGCAGCUGGUCAACACGAGUUGAGUACAGGGACGUCGGCUUCCAGCAGCACGGAGUCGCCAUCCCCGCCGGAGUGCAAUACGGCUCACAUUCCGCUCAGCCUUAAGCGUCAGCUGAAGGAGAACAUUUCGCCAGAGCACACGAUUAACGAGGAAACACUUCACACGCUACAGAAACUAUCGAGGGCAGAGGAUGUGGCGCUAAAGGCGGAGGCAGCCACCGAACUGGGCGACAUAGAGAUCGUGAUGCACAGCGAGGUAGCCGAUUGCCACUUGCCAGAGGAUAAACAGCAAGAGCAGGAAGAAGCAUCUUCGAGUGUCGUUUAAAAAGAGCCAAGGCCAAAUGCAAUGUUAUAGUGCGUAAAUAUAUGGAAAUUAAUCUAAUCGGAAAAGAAAGGAAAACACAACUCAAACGACUAAAACCAACACCCACCCAGCAUUCCCAUGGC